AAGUGGCUACUAACGUUGUCAAUAAUAAUAACAACAGCGGCAGCAGCAACGAACCGAGGAUGACGCGAGACGGUGAAAUACCAGCAAUAUUCAAUCCCAAACAGCAUCGUGUUCGAACGCCCUCUGUUGUGGUAACGGGUGAUUCACCCAAUGGCCCAUAUGGAGGCGGUUUCACCAAUAUACUCAAUGCAAGCAAUCCUCAAAUAACCCACCAAGACUCAAUAUCGUCUAGCCAACAAGAUCCUAAUGAAGUUAUUACCAUACAUCCUGAAUCAUCCUGUACAGUUCCUGCGGCAAGAGGAGGUGGUGGUGGCGGCGCCGGGGGCGGUGCAACAGGUACCAGUGGCCCGGGUGGAGGUGGUGCUGAUGGCGACUCUCCCACCACAGAGGGUGGACAAAAUGCCACAACAACAACUCGCUUUCCCCGCCUUAAAGCCUGCAGAGAAACCUGCUGUUCGGAAUUGGCACAAAAAAUGUAUUUCGGUGUGUGUGUCACCAUCCUGGUCACAGCAUCAUGGGUGGGGGCAACGCACUGUAUUAAAUUCCUAUAUCUAAAUCGCAGCACAUAUAUGACAGCAAUCGAUGAUAUCGACUCGCUGGCAGCCGAUGAAUUGGAUUUUGUCACCGACAUUCAGGGUGUGGAGUUGGGUAUCGAUUCUUUGUUGCCGGUGAACGAUCAUACGCUCAGCCUCGAGGAUGUUGAGGAUGCAACGAAAAUAUUCAGCAUACCACCGGAACCACCAAAAUCGUCGAAUAUUUUUAGUGCUCCCUUCUUUGCAGCCUGGUUUUUCACAAAUUUCUCCCUGUUGUUUUUCCCCAUCUAUGUACUGGGGAGAAUAUCUUUGAGAAAAUGUGAUAAGCCAGGUGAAAUCUUGGGUGAUAUCCUGAGGGGAUUUCGUGAUCGGGGGUUUACUAUAGGACGUUUUCUUAAUCGCUGCCUAUCAUUUUGUAUACUAUGGCUAUUAACCACUUACCUUUAUACGUUAUCUCUGCGUGUCUUAUUUGCCACCGAUGCUAUGGCCUUGUUUGCCACCAAUGUGGCAUGCGUUUACCUGCUGUCCUGGGUGAUAUUGCACGAGCAGUUUGUGGGCGUACGGAUUGUUGCUGUUAUUCUGUGUGAUACGGGUAUUGCAUUGCUGGCGUACAUGGAUGGCAUUACGGAAAGUCCGACACUGAGUGGGGUGGUAUUGGCCACAUUGGCAGCCGCUUGUUACGCCGUCUUUCGAGUCAUGUUUCGCAAAGUGAUGGGCGAUCCGCCGGUGGGACAAAUUGCGUUCGCCUUUACAACGCUGGGCUUUCUCAACGCUCUACUCAUGUGGCCAAUAUGUGUGGCAUUAUAUUUGACGGGAACGGAAAUAAUGCCAUCAGAUCGUAUGCCUUGGAUUAUUUUAUUGAUUGCCAGUAUAUUGUUGUUGGUCUUUCACAUUCUAAUGCAAUUUAGCUCGGCUGUUACCUACAAUAUGUUUGUUACAUUAGGUUUAAUUACUGCUGUUCCUGUGUCCGGAGCAUUGGAUGUUGUCCUAUAUGGUGCCACAUUUGCCGGCAUGAAAUUGGCUGGUGUUAUAUUAAUUGCAGUGGGUUUCUUUUUGGUAAUGUUUCCGGAAAAUUGGCCAGAUUAUAUAACACGAUUAUUAAGAAAAAGUGGUCGUGCUAUACUGCGUUAUCAAUGUUGUUGUGAGUUAGCCGAAAUUCACUACACCCAUUCGAAAUAUCAUCUUAUUGGGUCACAACGCGAGAUGGGGUCGAGGUCCUCGCCACGGUUCGUUAGCCGGUCAUCAUCCCACCAUUAUCGAUUAUCGGACGGGAUACAUAAGGUCCCAUCUUCGGUCACCCUCUGGCCGUGUGAGAUGACUGAUUUGUCGCCAACCGGUUUUCUGCAACAACAGCAGCACAGCCAACAACAUCAACACCAAAGCAAUCAUCAUAAUGCAUCAGGCAGCAGUGGCGCAUCUGUACAUCAUGCUACAAGCAGUCAUGGCAGCAGCAUACGUGCUCCUCCAGUUGGCAGUGGUGGUGGCCGUUUAUUUUCAUAUUUUGGCAAUGAUCACGAACAUGAACGUAAAAAAUCUGAAACAUCAUUUUUCAAUUUGGGUUUUCGUCGUAAAUCUACAGUGGUUUAUUAUGCGGCCACCGAUUAAUUGCGAUGGUGUUCGUGAA